AUGUCCAUGGGGUUGCAGACCAAGUUGCAGACGAUGGAGAUGGACCUACACUUCAACGGCACCACGACAAAAGGAAUGAGCACAACGCCCCGCCUCGUCCGGCUGCCGCGGGACCCAGCCGACGACGAUGUGGACGGGAUGAGCGCUGGCGAUUUGAUCGUCGGGAUGGACGGGCCGGUGGAGGGUGUUGCGUGUCCUAUCUGUGGCGAAACAAUGCUCCACCUAUCCCAACUCAACCGGCACCUCGACGACGAGCACAUCCAACCCACCUCCUCCGACGACGACGGCACAAAAGACGCCGUGUUAUCCUGGUUCAAAGCCGCUCAGCGGCGGGUCGCGCCGUCUUUGACGAGGGCCGCUACGGGGACGCUGAGUAUCACACAACAGUCAAUUAAGGGCGUGGAGGGGAUUGUUGGGGGGGUUGUUGGGGCAACGACAGGGGGUGUAGGCGGGACUUUUGAGUUGAAUGGGGAGGAAGGGGGUGUGGGGUCGCCCGGUGGGAGUGGGGUGGGGACACCGACGGCGAAGGAGUUGGAGGCGAGGGUGAGCAGGGCGCAUUGGCAGAAGGAUGGCCCCAAUGAUCGGUGUGCGGCGGAUGGGUGUGGGAAGGUGUUGAGUUUAAGGACAGGGAGACACCAUUGCCGGAAAUGCGGCCGCCUCCACUGUGACACUCACUCCUCCUACCAAAUGAAGCUCUCCCCCUCCGCCCUCCCGGACCCAACCUCAGGCACAUGGUGUCGCGUCUGCGAACGAUGCUUUACAUCACGGGCAGGCUAUAAGGACUCUGUCGGGGUGUCGCGUAGCAGAACGAAGCUGUAUCUACGGUUACGGAAGGCGAGAAUUGAUACGAUGCAGAUGGAUGUGAAUAAGUUGGAGAAGCGGUUGGAGAAGCUCAACACGAUCUACGCCGAGGAGAACCCACUGGUUCCGACCACGAACGGACAACGGCCGUCGCUGUCGACAAAGACAUUGGCUAGGAUACGCAUCCGCGAACAAGCAAUUGUAGCCUGGGAAAAUGACAGUAGCGUAACCGAAUGCCCGUUCUGCCACUCGCAGUUUGGAAGCUUUGUGAAUCGACGGCAUCAUUGUCGACUGUGCGGGAGGGUCAUCUGUGGGCUGGAGACGUGUUCCAAAGAGUUGUCGCUCACUGGUGGACCACCAACACCAGACGCCCCAACAAUCCGCGCCUGCCCUGACUGCUACCGCACCAUCUCCCGUCGACGAAAUAACAUACACUCGCCCACUGCAACCGCCAUAGCAGCACUGUACCGUGCCAUGACGCGGUAUAAAGCUUCUGUGACUGAAGUGUUGCCGAAGUUUAAUAACCUGUUAAUGAAUAUGGCGAAUCGCGUGGUGACGGAGUAUGAUGACCCGGAGUACAAGCUGGCGUCAAAGUACCGCAAAGAUCUGAUGGAAUGGUUCUCAGAGCUCGACAAAUUGGGAAAACGCAUAAAAUCCCACCCCACGCCCACGCCCACCACAACCCGCCUCCUAACCGCCCUCCACCUCUCCAUAAUCACCUUCCUUCAAACCCACAUGUUUACGCUGCAACUCAUGCCCAAAAUCACCACCCCCAACAAAGCCCUUCCCGCCGUCCCUUCAUCCUCAUCGCAGAAUGAUGACGAGAUCCGGGUGUUGGAGGAACAGCGACGGUUGGUGGAGGGGUUUUUGGGGGAUGCGUUGAGGAGGAGGAAGUUUGAGGAUGCGGCGAGUUUGAGGGUUGGUUUGGAGGAGUUGGAGGGGGAGAUUUCGAGGAGGAGGGGUGGGUGAUGCGGGGAUGGGGGGAUGCUGUUGGUCUUUCAUGAGAUGCGUUGGCGUUGAUGUUUCAGCGUAUGGAGGAAGGGCACAGGUUGGGGAGCAUUUGGAUUGACAGUAGCCUGUGAGAGCUGUAGGUAGACAGAAGCUGUAAAUAGGUGGGAGGGAUGUGGGAGGAUUACAUACCGCAACUCAACUCCAAGGGUACUUCGAAGAAGCGGGUUAGUGUUAUAGUGGGAAGGUAAUAGAAGUUUGUCAAAGCCCUCGUCGUCGGUGUCAGUGUCGGCGGCGGUUAGGGUUAGGGUUAGGGUACCGGUUAGGGUUGUGGACAAGGUGGAAGUGGGUCUGCUGCU